AUGGCAGCCAACAAAACCCGUCCUCCCCUGUUUCUCAUCCUCCUCUUGCUGGUCGGAUCGUUGAAUUCGACCCCAUCUUCGGCGACCGGCGGCGAGGGAAUGCUGAGCUCCGUCGCUUCCGAGGAUUGGCCGAUCGCGAUGUCCGUCUACGGCGGCGGCGACUUGGAUUCGGAGGACGGAGCGUCGGCCGAUUGGGACGGAGAAGCAGAGGAGGAAGAAGGGAGCAGCGGUAGCAGCAACAGGAGGUCGCUGUUCUGGAGGAGAUGGCCGUACUACAUCUCGUACGGAGCUCUGUCGGCGAAUCGGAUCCCGUGCCCGGCGAGAUCUGGGAGGUCGUACUACACCCACAAUUGCUACAAGGCCCGCACCCCGGUCAACCCUUACUCCCGCGGCUGCUCCAGAAUCACCCGCUGCAGGGCUAAUGUCGGCAGGGUGGGAUACUGGGAUUGGGAUUUUGGGAUCCAGGCAUUCUUGGUGGAGGAUGACCAUGAAAUGGAGGUUGAUACUGCAACCUCGGUAGUGCAAGCUCCUGUGAAGCACUCCCUUCCAGAGCUGGAGAUAUUUUCUUACUUGCUGGUCUUGAUAUUUCUGAUUGAUCAAAAGAAAUACAGUGAGGCUAAAGCUUGUUCAUCAGCAAGCAUUGCAAGGCUUAAGAACAUUAACAGAAGGACUGUUGAUGUUUUGGCAUCGAGGCUUUAUUUCUACUACUCCCUCAGUUACGAGCACACUGGUGACCUUGCUGAAAUAAGAGGUAACCUGCUUGCACUUCACCAGAUCGCAACUUUGCGCCAUGAUGAGCUGGGUCAGGAGACACUUCUCAAUUUGCUGCUACGCAAUUACCUCCACUACAAUCUGUAUGAUCAAGCAGAGAAGCUAAGGUACCUAUUUUACCUGGGAAAGAUUAGGACGAUUCAGUUGGAAUACACAGAUGCUAAGGAGUCCCUCCUACAAGCUGCUCGGAAAGCCCCCAUUGCAGCCCUUGGCUUCCGUAUCCAAUGCACUAAAUGGGCUGUCAUUGUCAGAUUGCUGCUAGGAGAAAUCCCCGAAAGGACCGUCUUUAUGCAGAAAGGCAUGGAGACAGCUCUGAGGCCUUACUUUGAGUUGACAAAUGCUGUCAGAAUAGGUGACUUGGAGCUCUUCAAAUCUGUGGCUGAGAAGUUCUCAGCGACAUUCAGCGUGGAUAGGACCCACAACCUGAUCGUCAGGCUGCGCCACAACGUCAUUAGAACUGGGCUCAGGAACAUCAGCAUCUCCUACUCUCGUAUUUCGUUGGCCGACGUCGCCAAGAAGCUGAGACUCGAUUCCCCAAACCCCGUUGCUGAUGCAGAAAGCAUUGUCUCCAAAGCAAUCCGAGAUGGCGCGAUCGACGCGACAAUUGAUCAUGCGAAGGGGUGGAUGGUGUCUAAGGAGACUGGGGACAUUUACUCGACGAAUGAGCCACAGAUGGCAUUCAACUCGAGGAUUGCCUUCUGCCUCAACAUGCACAACGAAGCUGUCCGUGCACUCCGCUUCCCUCCCAACUCCCACAAGGAGAAGGAGAUUGCUGAGAAGAGGAGGGAGAGACAGCAGCAAGAGCAGGAGCUUGCCAAGCACAUCGCGGAAGAAGAUGAUGAUGAGUUUUAAGAGUUUGGAGGGAGCUUAGUCCAAUUUCUCAGUUCCAUUUGUGUUCUGCUAGACAUUGUUUACUUGUACUAGUAGGUGGUUUCACCUUCUGCAUAUUUAUAGACCAUCUCUUUGGCACGAUUUUCAGAGUUCAAGCAUUCUACUGUGUUCCAGUUAGCAAAUCAUUGAGAUAUUUACUUGAACUAGUAGGUGCACAGUAUCACCUGCUUUUUUGGAUUUGGUUCCAGGAUGCCAAAGGUUAGAAAGAAUGUAAACCUUCACCAUAUCAUUUAUCAACUAUCUUUUUGGUACAAAACUUCUGAAUUCAACCAUUGUUGGAACAAAGUAAAGGAGCAAGAUUACAUUGUCAACAUGUUUCACCAAAGAUUACUAAAUAUGCAAUCAAGUUGAGCUCAGCCCAAAUGACUUGACAAUGUUGCUAACUCUUUCUGCAAAAGUCCUUGAUGUGAUCUUUUUACCCGGUACGUGAAACGGGUUUGAGACAGCGUCAACAUAUGCAGCAUGGAACCUCCGGAAAAACU